AUGGAGGACUACAACACUUCUUCGUCCGCGUUGCGCAAACGCAAAACCAUCAAGAAAACCAUCAACUUCUCGUUCAUGGUCAUUGGCGAGAGUGGGCUGGGCCGGUCCACGCUCAUCAACUCGUUGUGCGGCGGCAACCAGAUCGUGCCGCCGCUGCUGACUGCGACGCAAGACGCGUUCCACAAAAAGCUCACCUUGAGGCACGAGAACGUGGAGUUGGAGGACAACGACGGCCACAAGAUCUCGUUGAACAUCAUCGACACGCCCAACUUCGCCAACGGGCUCGACUGCGGCGACGACUUCAAGGUGGUGGUGGACUUCAUCCGCCACCAGUACGACGAGGUGCUUUUGGAGGAGAGCCGCGUGAAACGCAACCCGCGCUUCAAGGACGGGCGCAUCCAUGUGUUGCUCUACAUGGUGCGGGCCACGGGCCACGGGCUCUCGCCGAUCGACGUGCAGUUCUUGCAGCACGUGAGCGGGCUUGUGAACGUGAUUCCGGUGAUCUGCAAGGCUGAUGCGUUGACGCCGGCGGAGUUGCGGCUCAACAAGCGGCUCGUUUUGGAGGACUUGGCGCGCCACAACAUCCACUACUACAAGUUCAACGAGUACGAGUACGAGCAGGACUACAUGGACGACGAGAUCGUCGAGUACAACAAGUACUUGAACCUGUUGGUGCCGUUUGCGGUGAUUGGCGCCAACUCGCUCGAGGCGCUGGCGGACGACGACGACCCGGUCAAGUUGCGCGUGCUCAACCCGGCCUACGCGGUGCCCAUCAACGUGGAGUUGCCGGAGUUCAACGACUUCACCAUCUUGAAGAACGUGCUUCUCAUCACCCACUUGAACGAGUUCAAGGAGAUCACCCACGACGUCAUCUACGAGAACUACCGCACCGAGGCCUUGUCGGGCAAGCAGUUCCACUACAGCGCGGGCGACGCGCGCCUGGGUGAGGACCUCCCGGAGCCCGAGCCCGGCGCGUCGGAUUACUUGGCCAAGGAGGAGCAGAUCAAGCUCGAGGAGGAGCGCUUGCGCAAGUUCGAGGAGCGCGUGCACCAGGACUUGAUCAACAAGCGCAAGGAGCUUGCGGAGCGCGAGAACGAGUUGAGGGAGAUCGAGAAGCGCUUGUUGGCCGAGGGCUUGAAGCUCAACGACGACGGCGACGUGGUCAAGUUGGACGAGUGA